CUCGCUCUCUCUCUUUCUCUCAUUCGUGCUCACACAUACACGCGCACAUACAUGCACACACACGCACCAUUGAAAAGUUAGAGCAAAGUCUCUCGUCUCCGACAGGUUAGCAGCCACCCACUGCAUACUCCCUUGAGGGCACUGGACCCCUGCUCCCUCCCUUUCUCUCUCUGUCACUCGUUCACUCUUUCACUCACUCCCUUACUAGUAUUCAGUCAGUCAAUCCAAAUUCUCAGCAGCUUCACUUGUCAGGCGGUACAGGAAUACAGGAAUCUGCUACAGUCUCACCUCAGCCAGCAUGUGGAUUCUCCUACUUGGACUCACUUCUGGAUUGAUAGCCUCCUCUUGGGCCAGCCCUGGUCAAAAGGUGAAGGUACGAGACUGCAGUUAUAAGGGAGUAUUCCAUAUUCAGGGCAAUGAUCGGUACACUUUGGACUUUGAUACUGCCCAGAAACUAUGUGAAGAAUUAGGAACAACCUUGGCCAGUAAUGAGCAGAUGACUGUUGCACAUGGCGUGGGCUUAGAGACCUGCAGGUAUGGCUGGGUCAGCAGUGGAAACAUCACCAUUCCUCGGCAUGUGGCAAACUCCCUGUGUGCACAGAACAUGACAGGGGUCAUCACUUUGGUACCUCUGGAUUCCUACUAUGAUGCCUACUGCUAUGAUCAGACAGAUAUAUCUGAGAAAAACUGCAUAUUUGAAAUAAAAAAUCUGGAGAGUGAUCCUGAACAACUUCAGACCACUGAGGACACUGAAAGCCCAGAUUUGAACCAUACCGAAAUUCCAAGCAACCUCUCUACUACAGAGGUUCUACUGGAGUUACACGCUAAUAGCACCAUCACAGCUGUUACUGAGCUAAUUCAUACCACUGAGAAGAUGAAUCCCACUUCAAGCAGCUCUCAGAAUGAGCAUAAUGUAUUAGUAGAUAUGCUGGAUCAGACCACACAGCUUCCCACCAAAACGACUGAACCUGCUGGAGAUGAUGAUGAUGUUCUGAACACAGAGAGUCCGAUAUCUAGCUUAGACAGCAAUGGCUCAGGUAUAGGAGAGACAACGCACAUCACCACAAGUGAACCACUGACGAAUCAAAGUGGAGACUCAAAGGACACAAUAAAGGACCAAGUCCCCGAGGAUACAUUUGAGACAACUAUCGCACCGACCACUAAAGAUGAGAGUCCAGACCAGUCUUCGGAUCCAAAAGGGAGGAUAGGAUCAGGCUUCAUAGCUUCACCACCAGAGAAGGAGGCCAGCAGUGACAGUAUUAAAGAUUGGUUGGUCAUCUUGAUUGUGGUUGUGGCCAUCGCUUCUAUUAUUCUUGUGGGUGCUCUUGUGGCAACAAGAAACAGAUUGUGUGGGAGGAGCCAGACUCUGAUUAUCACCUCCAAGAGCAGCAGUGAGGGCAAUGGGACAGCAGCAUCAGCGGCCAGCCCCCAGGCUCAGGAGAGAGAGCAAGAGAUGGUGACGCUUAUGAACAAAGAGAAGGUCCAGGAGAAUGGCAACACUGAGGAGUUUACUGUGAUCACCCUGGAAGAGUCACCAGAGAAAAACCAACAAGCAUGAAAGACAGAAUGAGAUGGGGGGAGGAUGAGGGUGGGAAGGGUUAGGGGAGAAAAAGAUGAGUCAUGGCUUAAGUCUUGACCAGACAGAAAGAAGAUCUUAGACACUUUGGAAACCAGACAGACAUUUGGAUACUGUUGGUGACAUAAAGUGUAACAUCUGUGAGGGUGGUACAAAAUUCUGUCUUUUUGUUUAGGUCUUUUUAUAUGAAAAUUUUUUGUUUCCUUGAUGGUAAGGAAUCUUCUAAAAUUGUCCUGCAGCUUCAAAACAAACAACACAGAAAAAUUGUUAAAUUUUAGACAAAUGGGGGAAAUUAAAGCGUUCUCUACAGUCCACAGAGACAUCUUAAAUUUAAACCUGAAUCUGGGUUCUUAAUACUUUUCUAGUUUCAUUUUGCCUUUCACAGUGAGAGAACCUGAUGGUUAACCUAGCAUAAAUGAGAAUGUCUGUGAAGGUUCUCAGUCAUCCAGCUCACAGUAAAUCGUAGGUGCUAAAGAAGGCAACUGGACUUGCUUGAAAUUCUUGA